AUGGAGCCCAUUGCUCGCAAGGCCGAGCUCCCCUACGUGAAGGCCAUGGAGCCCCGCGUUCAAUCAUCCCCCACCCGCUCCCUCCUGCGCUCCGCCGCCGCAGAUGAGAUGCACGAUCUCCUCUGCGUGGGAUUCGGUCCCGCCUCCCUGGCCAUUGGUAUUGCACUCAACGACGCAAUCGACCCCGCCCUCGGCCGCACCCCGAACCCUAACUUCAAGCCCAAGGUCUGCUUCCUGGAGCGCCAGAAGCAAUUCGCCUGGCACUCGGGCAUGCUGGUCCCCGGCUCGCGCAUGCAAAUCUCCUUCAUCAAGGACCUGGCCACCCUCCGCGACCCGCGCAGCAGCUUCACUUUCCUGAACUACCUGCACAACAAGGACCGUCUGAUCCACUUCACCAACCUGGGCACGUUCUUGCCCGCGCGCAUGGAAUUCGAGGACUAUAUGCGCUGGUGUGCGCAGCGCUUCAACAACGUCGUUUCCUACGGCGAAGAGGUCGUUGACGUGGUGCCGGGUAAGGAGAGCAAUGGUGUCGUGGAAUACUUUGUUGUUCGCUCGCGCAAUAGCGAGACGGGCGAGAUUACUUCGCGCCGGUCGAGAAAGGUCGUCGUUGCUCUGGGUGGUAAGGCGAAGAUGCCUCCCGGGUUCCCCCAGGAUCAGCGCAUCAUGCACUCGUCCAAGUACUGCACCGUCCUGCCUAAUGUUCUGAAGAACGAGUCCGAGGCAUACAACAUUGCCGUCGUCGGCAGUGGCCAGAGUGCCGCGGAGAUCUUCCACGAUCUGCAGCGCCGCUACCCUAACUCCCGCACUACUUUGAUCCUGCGGGACACAGCUCUGCGUCCCAGUGACGACUCUCCCUUCGUCAACGAAAUCUUCAACCCCGAGCGCGUGGACAAGUUCUUCAACCUCCCCGCCGAAGAGCGCCACAAGCGCAUCGCCACCGAAAAAGCCACAAACUACUCCGUCGUCCGCCUGGAGCUCAUCGAAGAGAUCUACAACACCAUGUAUCUGCAACGCGUGCGCAACCCAGACCAAACCCAGUGGCAGCACCGCAUUCUCCCCGAGCGCCGCGUCGCUCGCAUCGAGCACCACAACCCAGCUCAACGCAUGCGCAUCCACGUCAAGUCCGUCAAGGACGAGAGCGCCGAGGGCAAGGAGGUACUGGAAGUCGACGCCGUCAUGGUGGCAACGGGCUACCAGCGCGACGCACACGAGCAACUGCUGGAACAGGUGCGAUCUCUACGACCGGCUGGACAGAGCGUCUGGACCCCUGGCCGUGAUUACCGCGUCAACCUCGACAGCAGCAAGGUCAGCCAAGACGCGGGUAUCUGGUUGCAAGGAUGCAACGAGAAGACUCACGGUUUGAGCGAUAGCUUGUUGUCUAUUCUUGCCGUCCGUGGUGGCGAGAUUGUCAACUCUGUCUUUGAAGAUCAGCUUGCUGGUACUGUGGUGCAGGACACCCGGGUCCGUGCCAUGCUGUAA